AUGUCAAGCCCCACCGAGUUCCAGCGUGUCAGGAACCUGUGGCAGACCCGAGUUGGUCGUGAAGUGCCUCCUGCUGUCCAAGAGGUGGCGGUACCUCGCCGUGAGUCUCCGGUGAACAACCAGGUCACCGACUCACCGACACCCCAUACUCCAGACUGUCACGGAUGCUCGAUGGCAGAAACCGAGCAAGUGAUCGAGAUCGAGAUCGACGACGCGACUGCGGUGUCCCCUGUCUCAACGUCAUCAACGUUGGAUUCUAGCGACUCCCCAUCGACGGAGUCACCGGUGUCCGCAUCUUCCACCUCCCCGCCGUCAUCCGCCGUCAAGUCUCCAUCCAAGUCAGUGGCGUCCAUGUUCCGAACCUUUUCAGAUGCCUGCGUGUUCCCCAGUAUCAAAAGCAGACGUCCCCGGGCCCCAACAUCAGCACCCCCAUCAGCCUCAGCCCCGGUUUUCGUGCCAUCGACGUUGCGGUCGUUUGCCCCUCCCAUGCCGAUCACCUGGAGAGGCGCUCGCUCCAUCUCAGACUGUGCAGUGCCGUCAACGAGAUCGACGUUCCCGUUCGCGUCGGUGACUUCCACGUCGUCGCUCCUGCCACGAGAAGCUGCUGAGAACGCCAUUAACAACGUGUUCAACGUCGGUUCUCGACCCCGACCAGCAGCUGCCAACCCCAUUUUCCGUGGCAGUCCGUAUGGCGAAUUGGUGCUUGUCGAUAUCUUGGAAACUCGUGGACUGGCUGGGAACCAAGACGCCGUCGAGCUGCCGGUUGUUGUGACGAUGCAGCUCAGUCACGUGAGUCACAAGACGAUACCGAGUACCGGUCGAGACGAUUGCACGGUCAACGAACGCUUUGUCUUCUGGCUCCCGUCGUCACUGACGAAUGACCAGCGCCUGUUCGACGUCUUUGUCCAUGAAAGAGACGGCCGUGACCUUGGCGAGGUGCAUCUCAGCCUCACGAUGCCUUUGAACGAGACGUUUACCGACUCGUAUCCGCUCGUGAACCGAUCCGAUGGCCUGAAACGCGGCUCCAUUCAAGUGGCAAUGCGUCGCCUCGUGCUCACGUCGUCGCCCAUGCUGGAAACGGCCAAGGCCUUGAGUGCUCGAGAAGGUUGUUUGAGCCUGAGCGAGCGCAGCGACUAUGGCGAUGCGUUGCCUGAGCUAUGGACCUGCUUUCCAGGCACCACCGACCUCGACUUGGAUUCGACUUGCAGUUCCAAGGACGUCGACAUCAGUCGCAAACUCGGUCGACUCAUUGGCUUUCAGGAUGCUGCCCAGCGAGAUGUCUUCUGA